AUGAUUUUUUGUUAUUACGUGUUGGCAGUUGUAACACUAACGGCGAUUCAGUGCUUUGCAAUUUCGUGCCCCAAAGAAUUUCACGUAGUAUUUCAACCACACUUACACGGCUUUUAUAAAAAUUUAAAUCUUCAUCUUAAGAAUGAAAAUCAGACGAUUUGUGUCUACACACAGAAGAGGUUUGGGGGUUUGAUGGUCGGUGUUAAAACAAGAGAUGCGUUGGGAGAAUAUAUCUUAUGGCACGGAAAUUUUCUGCAUGAACAUCAGUAUUAUGGUUUGGAAAAAUCUGGUUCAGCAGCCACAGCUGAAUUGAAAUUACAGGACGUCAAUUGUAUUUUUAAAAUUAGGCGCGAAGAAGAUCCGGAUGAAACGGUGAUAAAAUUAUUUGAGAAAGCGUGGAGGAGGCAAUUGAUAACUGAAGAACUUUUAUCAUUCUUCGCAGAAAAUAGUUACGAAAACAAAUUAAUAACAUCGACAUUAGAAGAGUUGAACGUUUUCCCCAAUUUACUCACAGAGCAUAUUGAUGAUGGUGACGAUGAACUUCCGGCUGCUCAAAACCUCGACGAUGCAAACGACGACAUCUUCUUCAACAAGUUUGACGACGAUGAAGAUGAUGAUGACUACGAGGAUUUAUAUGAUUAUAACAGCGAAGUUGUCGAUGAAAACAGCCGUGGGAACAACAACAUCAACAACGAUGAUGUUAAAGUUAGACAAAUGAUUGAGGACAUUACAGCAAGAUUUUCAUCCACUGAAUAA